AUGCAUGCACUACACAUGUUCUCGCGAAAGCACUUGGUACAUUUUCUGGAUCCCUUUCAGAAAGAAACUUUCUACACCGCCGGAACGUCUACAUUGCGUGAGUAUCCACCAUGUCGUCCUCGUAGCCCUCCUGCUCAGCCAAUACAGAGUAAUGGGUCCCACGGGCGUCGGCAAGACAACGUUCAUCAACGAUGCCAGUGGUUCUUAUCUACGUGUGGGGACUGGUCUAGAGUCCCAGACAUAUGCCGUCGAAUUUUCGAAACAAUUCUCGCUAGAGAAAAGCCAAAAGUCCUGAAAGCGAUCGCCGAGUUUCUAGCUAGAAUGCGCAGGCAGAACCAGAAAUUGCAUGGCGUCAUUUACCUCCAUCGAAUCACGGACAAUCGGAUGGGUGGAACCGCCCUCCGCAACUUCAGAAUGUUCAGGGAACUCUGCGGAAUCAAAGCCCUGGCGAGCUGCGUCAUAGUGUUGAACAUGUGGAACGAGGUUAGUGAGGAUGUCGCGACAGCUCGUGAGCGGGAGCUUCGCGAGACGGACAUCUUCUUCAAGCCCGCGAUGGACGCUGGCGCAUCGAUGUUGCAUCAUACCAAUUCGCCAUCCUCCGCACAAGAAAUCCUACGUGAUGUUGUGAAGAAAGAACCCGUCGUAUUGCAAAUACAGGAGGAAAUUGUCGAACAAGGAAAGCCAAUUUACGAGACGUCAGCAGGCGUCGCCCUCCUCGGCGACCUGGCGGCAAGACAACAGCGGCAAUUAGCGCAAUUGCAGGAGAUGCAAAGGGAGUUGGAGGAAGCCAUCGAUCAGCAGAAUGAGAGCGAUCGGAGAGAACUUGAGGAAAUAGAGGCAGGGAUCAAGGCGAAGACGGCACAGCUCGAACGGGAUCAGGAGUUUAUACGCAAAGACCCAAUACCUGAGCCGCGCAUAGACUGCAGACCACAGCCGAAGUGGAUGGGUGCGUUACUUGUCGUUGCGGGGGUUUUGACCUUCUGGAAACGAGGUCGAGCACAGAACGGCUGA